AUGGUGUCUCGGAAGCUUCUUCUGUUGCUCUCAAGCCUGAUUAGCUGGGGUGAGUGCAGGGCGAUUACUGGAGCCAGUAACGCAUCACGAGAUUGGUCAGAAGCUGUCACCAAGGCUGAAGACUUCCUGGCGCAGCUCACCCUCGAGGAGAAAGCCUACAUCGCGACAGGGGUUGCAGGACCAUGUACAGGCUCCAUCGCCCCGAUCGAACGUUUGGGCUUCCGUGGCUUAUGCAUCCAAGAUGGCCCUUUGGCAAUUCGACCAGCUGACUUUGCCAGUGUGUACCCAGCGGGAGUCUCGGUUGGGGCGAGCUGGGAUAAAGAGCUGGCCCACCAACGUGGCGUCCUUCUUGGCGAAGAGUUUAAAGCCAAGGGGGCCAAUGUGAUGCUUGGGCCGGUCGUAGGACCUCUCGGAAAAGACCCCCUAGGCGGUCGCAACUGGGAAGGAUUCGGGCCUGAUCCGUAUCUCAGUGGUGAGCUCGGAUACCAAAACAUCGUGGGGACCCAGUCUACCGGGAUGCAGUCUUGCGUGAAGCAUUACAUCGGGUAUGAACAGGCCACGGGGGCGAACCCUACCCCAAACACGGACGGGGUGACGAUUCAGGGCUACUCGUCGAACAUCGACGAUCGCACCAUGCAUGAGAUCUACUCGUGGCCUUUCGCAAGUGCAGUCCGGGCUGGUGUCUCGUCCGUCAUGUGCGCAUAUUCGAGGGUCAAUGGCUCUUACUCGUGCGAGAAUAACCAGACCCUCAACGCCAUUUUGAAAGAGGAGCUUGGCUUCCAAGGUUAUGUGAUGAGCGACUGGGGUGGUACGAUGUCCGGAGCUCACGCCAUUGAAAAUGGACUCGAUAUGGACAUGCCGGGUGGCGCUGUCGGCUUCGGGGGGACGUCUUGGGACAACUCCCUCUUCGGUGGCAAUCUCAUCCAGGCUGUGAACAAUGGAACCCUAUCGACGUCGCGCGUGGACGACAUCGUGCUCCGCGUGAUGACCCCGUACUUCUAUCUCAACCAGGAUCGUGCCGACUGGCCGCUCAUCGACCCCAGCUCAAGGGAACUCGGGGACUUCUCUGCCAGCAUGGCCAACUAUAGCUGGCCAGUGGGUGGCGAAGCGCAUCGGGACGUGCGCGGGGACCACGGAACCUUCAUUCGCAAGCUUGCUGCUGAGUCCGUAACCUUGCUCAAGAACCAAAACGGUGCUCUGCCAAUCACGGAGAUUCCCCGCUUCAUCGCGGUGUUCGGUAACGAUGCAGCGGACAAGUCAGCCGGCUUGGCCUCCUCCCCAGACUCCGAACUUAUCGGUACCUUUGCUACUGGGGGUGGAAGCGGUUCCGGACGACUCACCUACCUCGUUUCCCCCUUGGAAGCAAUCAAGACCUGGGCCGAAGGGAGAUCUGACUCUUUGGUCCAGUAUAUAACCGACAAUGAGCUUAUUCCUGGGUUGCUCAAGCCCAACAGUGUGGGCUUCGGGGCGGCGAUCUAUCCCAUCCCCGAAGUAUGCUUCGUCUUCCUCCGCUACUACGUCUCCGAAGGCCCGGAUCACAGCGACUUCGACCUCAACAACAAUGGCAGUGCGGUGGUGAACGCUGUCGCCUCGGUCUGUAACAACACCAUCGUGGUCACCCAUUCUGGCAAUGCGAAUCUUCUUGACUGGGCGGAUCAUCCCAACGUCACGGCUAUUAUGAUGGCCUACAUGCCCGGCCAAGAGUCCGGCAAUGCGAUCCUGGAUGUCAUUACAGGUCAAGUCAACCCCAGCGGCAAGCUCCCAUUCACGGUCGCCUACAACGCCAGCGACUACAACACCGCGAUCGUGAACUUCACGGAGGGGCAAUUCUUCGACUAUCGUCAUUUCGAUCACGCAGGCAUCAUGCCCAGAUACGAGUUCGGAUACGGUCUCUCGUACACCAACUUCUCCAUCGGGGGGCUUUCUCUCGAGACCGCCAGCGGAAAGGGGGAUGUUUCCCCUCGCCCUGAUCCGAGCAAGCCAAUUCAGCCGGGCGGGAAUCCCGAGCUCUAUGAGGUUCUCGUCACUGUGAAAGUCAAGCUGACCAACACAGGCAGUUUGGCGGGCGCGACGGUGCCUCAGCUAUACCUGGCUUUCCCGCAGGACACAACCCCAGCUGGAACCCCCGUGAAGGUGCUUCGAGGGUUCGAGAAGAUCCAUCUCAAGGCGGGAGGAAGUCAAACCGUGGCAUUUGAGCUUACUCGCAAAGAUGUGAGUUUUUGGAAUGUCGCGACGCAGGACUGGGAGAUCCCGGCUGGGACUUUCGAGGCCAAAGUUGGUCUGAGCAGUCGCAUGAUUUCGGUCACAAAGAUUUUCGAGCCUCUUAAGGGUUGGUCAUUUGUCUGA